UGCCGUUAUUAACCUGUCAAAUUUACUAGGACAAGAAGAGUUUGUUCAGAAACAAAUGGUGUCAAUCUUCACAAGCUUAACAACUGAGGAACAUAUUCCUGGUUUUGUCAUGCACAUACCGAUUGUGAUUAUCCUUCUGGAGGGGGAUGUUGACGACAUUAAACACGUGGCGGAAGCUGUCCAUAAAAAUGUACCAGUCAUCGUCAUCAAGGGGUCAGGUAAAGCAGCCGACAUCAUCCUGGAUUUUCUAAAAAGCGAGGAAAAUCUGCGUAGCCAGGCGGCGCUUCUAUUUGGACUCAAGUUCAAUGACGAUCAUUUUCAGGAGUUGGAAAAGAACUUACAUAGACUGAAAGAAAGACCUUGGAUGGUGAGCGAGUUUGAUACUGAAAAUGACGACCCGUUGAUGUUUCCCAAACUUGUUGGCGAAGCAGUGGUGAGAGGAUGGGCGUUGGAAGAAGUUCACGAAUCACCCGCAUUACCCGAAAAAAGCGAAAUAUACGACAUCUCCUCGUACCAAAAUCCGAAUGUUCACAAAGAAGUUCCAAAUGGUUCUCUAGUUAAAGAAAAUGGUAAUUUGGGCAGCGAAAAUAAGCAUGACAAACCGGUUGUAUCUUGGAGUAUGGAAACUCAUAAAGACGAAGUCACCAAGGACAAAAAAGUCACCAUUGCCGAAAAAUUACUGACGUCUUUUGGUAACGAGGGUUAUAUCGUGGAUUCCAAGUUUACAUCUCCACCCUCACUUCCGCUUUAUUUCUAUGUGGGAUAUCAAGUGUUACAAGAACAUAGCCUACUCAUGGAUUGUGGCCACAUUUUACUAUUGGAGGCGCUGAAAUCCAAUAGAACCGAUUACGUCAAAGUACUUAUGGAUCACGGUGUAUCUGUUAAAAUGAAGGACAUACCAGUUUUGUACAAAUCGACUAUAAGCUGCCCGAAGCAUGGACCAAAAGUUAAAGACUGCAACUGCUUAGGAAUGAUGUGGCUAAUGAAGUCAAUAAACAAAGAAGAGGCCGAGAGAUGUUUCAAAAAGAGCGAUGUAAAGAAGGGUCUUCUAGCACCACAGACCAUAUGCAGAGAACUUCUCGAUUACCAAAAAAAAGGAUAUACAUGUCAGAAAAUACUACCAGAGGAAAACAGUGAAGAAGUACAUUUCCAAGAAAGUAAUCCAGCCAAUUUGGAAGAUAUACUUCUAUGGGCAUUGUAUGCGAACAGGCCUGAAAUCGCGGAAACAGUUUGGCUACGGGGGAAAAACCAACUCAUGACAGGCCUGGUUUGCUACGAAACAUUACGGAAAUUAUCAGAGGAAGCUGAUAAUGUUAAAGAACAGAAUCUUUCAAAAGACCUGAUGGAACAUGCACAAAUGUUUUACGAAAGAGCAUUAGAAAUACUUGAUUCCAUGUUCGAAACCGACUCCAAAAAGACUUUAAAGAUUCUGGAGGACCCUGUCACAAUCUGGGGAAUAACCAGCAAUCCUUUGACCUUUGCGUACGAAAAUUUCAUGUACGAGUUCGUGGCAAAGCCGGCAAGUCAGAAGAAUCUUAACAAAACUUGGUACAGCGGUCAAGCACCACACCUUAUCCCUUGUAUUAAGUCUGUAUUCAAUAAACCAGGCAAAGUAUUGACAUCUCCACUGUCAAAAUAUGUCUUCAACUAUUUUCUGUUCUUGACAAUGCUGAUCAGCUACAGCGCCUUUGUAACGACAAGUAUUGGUACAACUUAUUACGUCCGAGACAUGGCAAGAAUAUUUGAAUAUUACGUCUAUUUUUGGGGCUUUGGCGAUUUGCUGGAGGAAUUUUUCAGUUGCUUUGGAAUAUUUCACGAGACUGCCAUUGAAGGAAAAUCCUACCGCAGUUACAGAACUAUUGUAAAGCGUUACUUAAACAAUUUUUGGAAUCAAGUUGACAUUCUGUCUUAUGAAUUGUUGAUCACUGCCCUGUUUGUACGACACUUUUACCCAUCCGAAACCUUCACAAUAUCUCGAAGGAUGUUUUCAUUAUCGUUACUCAUCAUGUAUCUCCGUUUUCUAGAAGCAUUUCUCAUGAUUAGAUCACUGGGCCCUACUCUGAUCAUGAUAAAAGAAAUGCUUAAGGACCUAUUUGGAUUUAUCAUCCUGCUUUUUAUUGUGAUUCUUGGUGUUGGGUUUUACUACCACGCCAACCUUUGGCCGGACCAUGUGUAUUUCUGGGAAGGAAGGUGGACCGACUGGAGGAUUUGGAAGGUCAUCUACUAUCCUUAUUGGCAGCUCUACGGAGAAACCUUCAACGAUUUCCUAGAAGGAAAUUCCGGACCCUGUGCCGAGGACUGUACAAUAACUAACUUUACGGUGUCUUCCCACGGCUCCGGAGACAGAUGUCCACAGGAGGACUGGACAGUGGGUGCCGUGUCUGCUCUGUACAUGCUCUUCUCAAACCUGCUGCUUGUUAAUCUGGUCAUUGCUAUGUUCAGCUCUACCUACGAACGAGUGACGGCUAAUGCUGAGAAUCUAUGGCGAUUUGAACGCUACACCGUGAUCAUGAACUACAAAUACAGAGUCCCCUCUCCGGUAAAUUUGGUGUACACGGUGUACAGGAUAUACCGAUGUAUCAAGAGUGGAUCCUGUAGGAAGUAUCGUUUGUGCUGUUGUUGUGAGUACGGGGGACCUAACAAAAACAAGAAAAAAGAGAAGAAAAUAAAGAAACAGGAGCUUCGACAAAAAUUUCAGAGAAUAAUGGCGCAUAGAGUGUGUGAUCAACUUAACUUGACGAACUAAAAACAAAUCAAACAUCAGCUGUCAAAUUUUUCAUGUCAUUGUAAACUUUAUUG